AUGUCUUCGAGUCCUAGCGAUCACGAAAUGAGUGAUUCCUCCAGCUCUGGAACAUCUUACAUGAGAUAUUCUCCUUACAAUUCUCCAUCGCAACAAGUGCCACAAUUGACCACAGAUUUAACUGAACUGUCUUGUGCAGACAAUAGAAGGCAGUUUCUAGUCGGUAUGCAACCGAUGUUGCAAAUUAUUGAGCAGCCUCAGAAUCACUUUCGGUUCCGAUAUGUCAGUGAGAUGAUCGGAACGCAUGGGUGCCUUCUCGGCAAAUCCUAUGGCACCAAUAAAACGAAAACACAUCCAACUGUCGAGCUGAGGAAUUACGCUGGGCAGGCUUUAAUAAGAUGUAGUUUGGCCCAACACAACAAUACAGAAGAGCAUCCUCACAAACUUUUAGAAGAUGAACAAGAUCGGGAUGUCAGUCAACUUGUGCCUGAACAAGGGAGCUAUAAAGUGGCGUUCGGUGGUAUUGGUAUAAUACAUACGGCCAAGAAAGACGUACCAGCACUUCUUUUGAAGAAACUUACAGAGACAAAUAGAAAUCCUAACGUCAAUAUUAGAGAUCUACAAACAAGGUGUGAAAACAUGGCGAAAACAAUUAAUUUAAACAUAGUUCGGCUGAAAUUCAGUGCACACGAUGUCCAUACCGGUGAGGAGAUUUGCGCUCCGGUGUUUUCUGAACCCAUACACAAUAUGAAGAGCGCAGCGACUAACGACUUGAAGAUAUGCCGCAUCAGCCGCACUUCUGGCAGCGCGUCCGGUGGGGAAGAUAUCUUCAUAUUAGUGGAGAAGGUGAAUAAAAAGAACAUUAUGGUUCGCUUUUUUGAGGUGGAUGAGACUGGGGAGCGGAUUUGGGAAGGGGUCGGUCAGUUCAUGCAAAGCGAUGUGCAUCACCAGUACGCCAUCGUGUUCAGGACUCCUCCUUAUAAGGAUCGUAAGACUCCAGAGGAUGUCCAGGUGUACAUAGAACUGGUGAGACCAUCCGACGGUCGCACGAGCGAACCCAAAGAUUUCAAAUACAAAGCAGAACAAGCCUACAAGCAGAUCAAGAAAAGAAAGGUCAAUUCAUCACUCUGUUCCAUUGGUAGUUCUUCAAGUGGAUCAUUGAAGAGCGCUAGUGAUAUUCCUGUAACAGUGGUUAACUAUCAAGAUGAACAAAUUAACCGAGGCAUGUCUGAGGUCCCUGCUGCACCUUUCCCUUCUUAUGUAAUGAAUCAGCACUUAUUCGCAACAUCGCCAGGCCAAUGUGACAUGGGUAGCGCAUUAGCUGCCCCAGGGCCCAGUCAUUCGCCUCUAUCUAGCCCUAUGUGGUCUCAAAUAAAUAGUGUGCUUCGACCUGCUGAUCCGUUAAGCACAGACUUGCAGCUUAACUCUGGAGAUUUUGAAAUAAUGCAAAACAUUGAACCUGAGAGCCGAAAAUUAUCGGAGGGGAUGACUCAAUUUUUUAGUGAAUAUUUGAAAAGCUACAACGAAGAGUUCCCUGGUGAAAAAGCAUUGGAAAGUAUUGAAUUCCGCCCAUCGCCAGCCAUAGUCUCAGACUCCGGUCGAACGGCCCAGAUAAAGCGUGAGGUUGAUACCGAGGAAAAGAGUAGUCAAAAGCUUACAUCUACAAAACUCGCGCUAAGUGAGAAAAUUAAAACUGAAAACAAUGCGGAAUAUAACGCGUUCUAUAAAGCAGAGGACGGCAUCGAAGUUAAAAAGCUGGUUAAAGACUUGUGUGAUAUGAUUAGAGAUAAGAAAGGCUUCAAGAAACAGGAAGUUAGGAGUCGCUUGGGAAGGCUUUUCGACAUACGAUUAUCUAAUGGAGAUACGUUCCUUCACAUGAGUUUGUGUUCAGAUCAGAACUGCCUGGAGUACAUAGUGAAGAUCAUUCACAAUGUAAAAGCGACCCAUCUGCUCGACUGUUCUAACGACAGACAACAGACAACGUUACAUCUGGCAGUCCUCCACGAUAUGCCUAAAAUUGUGUCUUUACUCGUAACUAAAGGCGCCAACCCAAUGUUAAAAGAUGAUCAAGAUAUGAACGCAAUCCACUACGCUGUCAAGUACAAAUCCUGCCUGCAGCCUUUAUUAGAGGCUAUUAAGAAAAAUGACGUGCCUUGCAAUUUGAACGAUUACAAUAACAAAAAGCAGUCAGCGUUGCACAUGGCGGUAAUAGAGGACUCGGCGAACAGCGCUCGGCUGUUGCUGCAACACGGCGCCAGCUACGACGUGCGAGACGACUACGGGAGGACACCCCUACAUCUCGCCGCUUAUGAUGAUUGCCUCCAAGUUACUAAGAUUCUCCUCGAGUUCAUACCAAAUGAGGAUAUCGACGUUACAGACGAUUCGGGCAACACGGCGUUGCAAAUUGUUUGUGGUGGUACUGUUAGAGACAAUACAGUUAUGAUUGCGAGACUGUUGCUUGAUCACAAGGCAAAUCCUAUGAAAACGGAAAAUGGUAACGAUUCAGCUUGGCGAUUGGUGAAGAACAAAUUGGAAUUGAAAGUGGUGCUGUGGGACUAUGUCGCCGGAGAAAUUAUGGACGAGGACGAUAUUAAGUCCGAGCCGGAAGAUGAUUAUGAAUCUGCAGACGAAGGCGAGGCGGGCGAGGAGGGCCUGCAGGCGCUGAGCGCGUACGCGCGCGAGGUGUCGGUGCUGCUGGACGCGGCGGGCGCGUGGCGCGCUCUGGCGCGGCGCCUGCGCCUGGACGCGCUGCUCGACUGGUACGGCACGCAGCCCAGCCCCACGCUCACUCUGCUCAACCAUCUUAAGGAUUCACGCGAUGACAUCACGUCGAAAUCAUUGGCGUUGAUAUUGGAAGACAUAGGACAAUCGAACGCUGCUUUAAUCGUGAGAAGAUACAUUGAAUGA